AUGCCCAGCUACUUCCCAGUGGACUCGAUGCAGAAGAAGCUGAAAGAUCUGGAGCUGGAGAACAUCAUUCUGAGAUCAGAGGCCUCCCAUCUGAAGACAGAGACGUAUUCGUACGAAGAGAAGGAGCACCAGCUGGUGGACGACUGCGUGAGAGAGCUCAGAGAGUCCAGCCUUCAGAUCUCGUCCAUCGCGGAGGAGCUGGCCAGGAAAACGGAGGACGCCUCUCGUCAGCAGGAAGAGAUCACACACCUGCUAUCCCAGAUCGUGGACCUGCAGAAGAAAGCUAAAUCUUAUGCCAUCGAAAAUGAGGAGCUCACUCAGCACCUGAGGGCCGCCAAAGAUGCACAGCACCAGCUAACGGGUGAGCUGCAGGAACUGGAGGACAAGUACGCCGAGUGCAUUGAGAUGCUGCACGAGGCUCAGGAGGAACUUAAGAACCUGAGGAACAAGGCGCUGCCCUACAGCACCCCCCGUCGCAUCCACCCCCUCGGCUUCUUCCCCAUGGACUCCUUGGCUGCAGAGAUUGAGGGUUCCAUGCGCAAGGAGAUGGAGCAAGACGACGCAGAGACACCAGAGCUGAAUGAUCAGCACAAGCGUGUGUUUGAGACCGUGAAGCACAUCAACCAGGCCCCUCGGACCCCAGUCGCUAACAUCCCCGGGUCAAACCGCUCGUCCUCCCCGCUGAAGUCAUCCCCAUCUCGGCCCAGACCACACGGGGGCAGUGUUGGCAGCACCAUUGCUGUGGGGAUGCCAGACGACAGCGCGGACGACUCCAACAAGCACCCGGGGACCCGCAUGGCCACCGACUCCCAGGACCUGGAGCUGGCACUGCGGAGGCUGUCCCUGCGGCGGGAGAACUACCUGAGCGAGCGGCGCUUCUCCAAGGAGGAGCGGGAGCGGAGUCUGCGUGGGUCGUCGGAGGGCAGCUCGCGGGGGGGGCACCUGACGCCCUGUGACAGCAUUAUGUCCCUGGGCACCUCGCUCUCGGGGCUGUCCGGCUACACCUACUGCAGCCGCUCCUACCUGCCCGACAAGCUGCAGAUCGUCAAGCCCCUAGAAGGCUCUGCCACCCUUCACCACUGGCAGCAGCUGGCACAGCCCAACUUGGGGGGCAUCCUGGACUCCCGGCCCGGCGUCAUCUCCAAGGGCUUCCGUCCACUGGACCUGGAACUGGAGCAGGUCUACCAGUUCGCUGACUUCGAGGAGGACGAGCCAGGCGAGGUGUUCUUCCAGAACCUUCCGGGGCCCACCCCCAUCCCGGGUGGAAGUCACGCAUCAUCCUGCACCACCCCUGGCAGCCAUCAGACCGUGCUGGAGGCCCCAGUGACAUAUUACCCCGGUAAAUGCAUGUCUCACACCAACUCUACCUACACCUUCACCACCUGUCGCAUCCUGCACCCCUCGGACGAGCUGACCCAAGUCACUCCCAGCCUGAACGCCGCCUCGGGCUCCUGCAUCAUGACCAGCACCUUUAAAGCCACCCCCGCCGCCACGCCUUGCACCCCACGGCGCCUCAGCUUGGCUGAGUCCUUCACCAACCUGCGUGACUCCACCAAGACCACCAGCACCUCCCUGGGAUUGGUGCGCCUCCUGCAGGAGAGGGGUAUCUCCGCUGCUGUCUACCACCCCCCGAGCUGGGCUCGGGCUGGUAACGGGGCCCUAUCCAGUGCCGCGGCCACCCUUCCAGCCCCUGACCCCCCCACACACACACCCCCCACUUCCCCCACGAACCAAUCACCAGCGGUCGACACAGACGCCCCGUUUGAUUUCCAGACCUCUGGCAUGUCGUACGAGAACUUCCUGGCGUCACGGCCCGCCCACUUCAUCUUGCGGGAGGUGACGGCGGAGGGCAGGAAGCAGGCCGACCGCGAGAGCCAGACUGACGUCAGCAUCUACAACCUGAACCUGGUCGACAAGCUGAAGCGCUUCAGCGUGGCUGGCCCCCGGGCCCCGCUGAGGACCUUGACCCGGCCAGGCCCACCCUUCUCCCUGAGUGCGGACCUGCGCCGGAACCGCAGCUACCCCGCCGUGGUGGGGGCCAGCAUGGCCAUGAAGGGACCAGGGCCCCCCAGCCCCGAGGACGUCCUGGGGGCCAAGCUCCCUAGGCAGAGUAGCCUGCAGUGAGCAACGGACACCCCCACCCCUGGGUCCUGGUACUCUCUGCACCUGAACCAGUACAUCCUCAGCUACCGUGUCUCCAUUCUGGCCAUUUGAACCAACUCCAUGUCCCCCAGCACUGUAGGACCUUGCUCUGGUUCCCAGAGCUCACCAUUACAGCCCCUGGGGUGGGAAGGGUAACUUGUGUAGAUGUUACUCAGAGCCUGAGAACCAGUGGAAAUCCCUCCCAUUUCUACCCAGACUCCUUCUGUAUGUCCAUGUGCCAUCAGCAGUGAAGUUUAGAUCGUUACAGAUAUGUAUAGUUUGGAGAAGUUCAUACAGUUACUUAUAGUGACCAUAUAAGAAUGGCAGUCUUGUUUUAACCCCGUUCAUAAUCAGAAAACCGAAAUAAUAAUAAAAACAAUAAAAAAAACUUGAAAUUUCCAGGUGGAUCGUUGAAGACACGCUUGGCUUUACAAUCGCCAUACUGGGUUUGAGCCCAUUAUGCUACGCCUUGCCUUUGUAUAAAUACACUGAAAUAUAUAUUCAACAAGUAACGUGAAACGUUUAUGCAGCCGUUUUAAUAAACGAAUAUGGUGCUGUUAAGGGAUAAAGAAGAACGCGUCUUGAAGUGGACGUAACUGAUGUAACCAUAAUGUUCCCUCAGUUUUGCCUUCUCGUGUAAUGGAAAUGGGUAAACAUUGCAAAAAAUAACUAAGUUAUAAAUAAAAUAUGACAUAUCAGAAAUAGAUGUGGAGUGGUUUGUAGGGUUGCCCGUAAAACGUUUUUUCCCCGGAUUAUUUGUACGUGUUUCCACUUGUAUUUAUUAACGUUCCUCAAAAUACAAUCCUGACAUCACAUCUCUCCUGGAAGUUCCGGGGGUCUCCCUGACACCCGCGAAUGACGCGAUCUGUUUGUCGUCGGGUCGCUUUGGCUCUACUAAGGCGGAUAUGGGCGAACGCUAAAGCAUGAGGGCAAAUGACGGUACAGACGCUCCCCGGGUUACGACGGGGUUAUCGUAACGUGAAAAUGCAUUUUAAUACAGUACACCUAACCUAUGAAACAUCAUAACCUAGUUUACUUUGAACAUGCUAGAACACUUAGGCCUACAUUAGCCUGCAGUUGGGCACAAUCAUUAACAGAAAUUCUACUUCAUAAUAAAAUGUCGAAUAUCUCAUGCAAUUUAUUGAAUAUUGUACUGAAAGUGACAAACAUUUACCCAUCGUAAAACUCGAAAUGUUGUAAUACGGACCAUUGUGGCCCCUGAAGCAUCUAUACUUGGGAAUAUUGCAGCUCGUUGUGCAAUGUGGAAACGGUCUUUGAAAUUAGCGAUCAAACGGCCGGCGCUUCUGUUCUGUGCCUGGCGGCGCGUCUGCAGAGUACAAUGGGCGUCCCCCCAAGGCGCAAACUGCCCAGGCCGUCAAGAAAAAAGCGAGUUACAGUCGCUUUUACUGAUUUUUAACAGUUUUAGUUAUUCUGCUCUAAAAGUUUGACUUGUUAAAUAAGCGCAUCAUUUAACUUAGUUAUGGAAGGAUCUUCAUGUCAUGUCCAGUCUAUGGUGUAAUCGGAUUCUCGGGGCUGUAUUGUGGAAAAAAAAAGUUUUCUGAACAAUGAGUGAAAUGACAAUAAAAAAAGCAAUAAUAUAAAAGUGCCUUGUGUUCCUGUCAGGAAUUUGGGAGAACAUAGAUUACCUCUUUAUCUGUUCGGAUGAAAAUGGCACAGCGCCAAAACAAGAGGAAACUAAUAUAAAGCAGAAAGGUAAAAUAUGAAUAAUAUUAAUUUUAUUCAUAGUAGUAUUUAUUAUAUAUCGUUUGUGUC